UUUGAUGUUCGGUCUGUUUUAUUUGCGCUUUAUUUUUGUUUGUUAUUUCUGGCUUCGCUCGGGUUCACGGACGGGUUUCCAUUUUCACGGCUGGACGCGAACAGAAAAACAAUAACAUGGAUCCGGACAUGGAGGACAAAACCCUGGAGCUGAUGUGUUCUUUGCCUCGUUCUGUCUGGCUGGGUUGUUCCUCGGUGGCCGAGAGUCUGUGUGCUCUUAGAUGCCUGCAGAGCCUCCCCACCUCCCGGGCCCACAACCAGAACUUGACAGGGAUGGAGUCACAAACUAACACAGAUGAGGUCUCAUCGAAGAAGACAUCUUUAUAUAAGUUAGCGAACGGUUCAGUGACGGGUUCGAGGAAGAGGGUGUCUCAAGGGAACUACGAGAAGGAAAGAGAUCUGUGCUUCCAGCUGUUUGAUCAGUGGUCAGAAUCUGAUCAGGUGGAGUUUGUGGAGCGUCUCAUCUCACGAAUGUGCCAUUACCAACACGGCCAUAUAAACACUUACCUUAAACCCAUGUUACAGAGAGACUUCAUCACCGCGUUGCCAGCUCAGGGUUUGGAUCACAUAGCUGAGAACAUCUUGUCGUUCCUGGACGCUCGCUCUCUGUGUUCGGCUGAGCUGGUCUGUAGAGAAUGGCAGAGGGUCAUCUCGGACGGAAUGCUCUGGAAGAAACUGAUCGAGCGGAUGGUCCGUACUGAUCUGCUUUGGAAAGGCCUUUCAGAGCGACAUCAGUGGGAGAAAUAUUUAUUUAAGAACCGAACGAACGAGGUCCCGCCCAAUUCGUACUAUCAUUCACUUUAUCCCAAAAUUAUACAGGACAUUGAGACGAUUGAAGCAAACUGGCGUUGUGGUCGUCACAAUCUUCAGAGGAUUCAGUGCCGGUCAGAGAACAGUAAAGGAGUUUAUUGCCUUCAGUACGAUGAUGAGAAGAUCAUCAGCGGCCUACGAGACAACUCUAUCAAAAUUUGGGAUAAACAGUCUCUGGAGUGUCUAAAGAUUCUGACGGGUCACACUGGAUCAGUUCUGUGUCUACAGUAUGAUGAAAGAGUCAUAGUGACAGGCUCCUCUGAUUCUACUGUUAGGGUGUGGGAUGUUGGUUCUGGUGAGGUCCUGAACACUCUGAUCCAUCACAACGAGGCGGUUCUGCACCUGCGGUUCUCAAACGGGCUGAUGGUCACAUGCUCUAAAGAUCGCUCUAUUGCGGUGUGGGACAUGGCGUCUGCCACCGACAUCAGUCUACGCCGGGUGCUCGUGGGUCACCGUGCGGCGGUAAACGUGGUGGACUUUGACGACAAAUACAUCGUGUCUGCAUCUGGAGACAGAACCAUUAAAGUAUGGAGCACUAGCACGUGUGAGUUUGUGCGGACACUUAACGGUCAUAAGCGCGGCAUCGCCUGCCUUCAGUAUCGAGACAGACUUGUGGUCAGUGGAUCUUCAGACAACACCAUCAGGUUGUGGGACAUUGAAUGCGGUGCUUGUCUGCGUGUUUUGGAGGGUCAUGAGGAGCUUGUCCGUUGCAUCAGAUUCGACAACAAAAGGAUUGUGAGCGGAGCCUAUGAUGGGAAAAUUAAAGUUUGGGAUUUGCAGGCUGCUUUGGACCCGCGGGCACCUGCCAGUACACUUUGUCUGCGCACACUUGUGGAGCAUUCCGGCCGUGUGUUCCGACUGCAGUUUGACGAGUUCCAGAUUAUUAGCAGUUCCCAUGACGACACAAUCCUUAUAUGGGACUUCCUGAACGUUUCCAACAAUGGACAGCCAGACGGACGAUCGCCCUCACGAACUUACACGUACAUCUCCAGAUAGCAGGUGCCUCUUCUGUGUGCUAGUGUUUCCUGGGAGAGCUAAGAGCUGAUUGGUUGGUGGCCGUGUCCAUCAAGGAAUGAUGUCAGGGGGCUGCCUCCUCUUCUCUGUCUGGCUAUAAACUUUUACAUUUCUGUAAUCACGCUUUGCCAAUUGCACACUAAAGACACAUGCUACACUACACACUCAAAAAAAAAACACAUGCGAAAUUCAAAACCAAGCUGUUUUAGCACUGUUCUGCUUUUGUAUAGUGGGAAUAUAAGAAGCACAAAAACAGAGACGUUUGAAACCGUAUUUUACUGCUGCUCAGAUAACCAGAGGAAUGGCGUGCUGAAGCUUUGCACCGAUAGCUCAUAUCUACAGGAGGAUAUUUGGAUUCUCCAGAAAGUGACGUACCCUUGAUCGAAAUCUGCGUAUGGACAGAAGACUUUCUGAACCGCUUUAAAAGAAAGAGACUUUGUAGAAGAAAACAAACUCUUGCAGAAAUGAAAGUUAAGAGAGUACUGAAAGGCGUGUUGCCUCGAUGUUUUCUCAGCACACCUCUCUUUGGGAUCACGGACACAACUAGUUAUUCAGGAUGGUUUUGUGAAGUGGAGGACAGCAUGCAUGUGAAGUUCAGCUGGAUGCCUCUUACCCUCUGUCUUUUGUUUUUUAAUUGUUUUUUAUUUGACUUCAUCUCUUUGUUAUGGUUGUGCUAAACAUUGUAAAUGUUCCCCACUCAGUGUCUUGUUUUAUUUCUGUUUCUCUGCCUGCCUGUUCAUUGAGGGCUGACUAGUUAUAAACAGAACUGUCUUGUCAGAUUGUGUUGUAUAUUACAAGAGGUUUUUUUUUUAGGAAAAGAUAUCGUGAAUAAAGAACUUGACAAUGUUGAGUGUGGUGCACGAGGCCUGCAUGUUUUCACCUGUGAUCGGUUUCUCUUUUAGGUUAACUACUGCCAGGUACGGUUUGAAGAGAAUCUUGCUUAUCCAGUUAAUUAAAAAGAGUUAACUCUUAACUGUCAGGUAACCAGCUAUAGACAUUUAGUUUAAUCCCUGCUGAAAAAACCCAUUAGGCUGGUUUAAGCUGGUCCCCUAACCUGGUUUUAGGUGUUUUAGCAGACUGGUUUUACAGGGAGUGACUAUCUUAAACCAGGUCAGUGGGUCUUAGCUAGUUUAAACCAGAAGUAGCUGGUCAAAGCAUUGUCAAGCUGAAGGGUCAGCUGGUCUCCCAUACAACAAAAAAAGAAAUAAUAAUAAUUCAAAUAAAAUUAUAAAUAUAUCUCAAAAUAUAUUUUUUUUUACAAAAAAUAUAUUUUCACCAACAUAUAUUUAUUUUUUAAAACAAUAUUUCAAAAUAUACAAAAAAUUUUUUGGUGAAAAAUAUAUUUUUGUAAAUGUAUUCCAAAAUAUAUUUUAGCAAUUUUCUUUAUUUUUUUUUUAAACAUUUAAAAAUAUAUUUAGCCCUCCAUAUAUUUCAGUCCAAGGAAAUAUAUUCAUGUCACAGAAGAAAAACUUUGUGUUACAAAUCUGUAGACAACGAAAUAUAUUUUUAACUUCAAAAAUAGGCUAUACUUUAUUAAACAAACCUGUGUUUAGCGUAUAAAAAAUAUUUUUAGAAAGCAAAAUAUUUUUCACCAUAUGGGUUGUUAAAUUAAAAAUGUAUUUACUUGUCGAAAUAUUUGUUGAUAAGAAUUUAAAAAUAAAUAAAACUAUAUAUAUUUUCAAAUUAAAAAUAUAUUUAAGCUUUAUUUGAUACAAAAUUUAUCAAGCAUUUAGUUAAAACAUACUUUUGGCAAGAGAAAUUUAUUUUUUGCCAUAUGGACUCUUAGCCUGACCUGCUAAGACCAGCUUGACAGCCCCAAAAUUGGACAAAAAUCCUCUUAAACCAGCCUACUAUACCAGCCAACCAGCUAAGGCUGGUUUUAGCUGUUUUCAGCCUAGAUGGCACGGGCAUUUGGUAGAAACUGUCAUCUGAGCUGGUACUGUGCAGGGCGGCCAACUUUUGAGGUCAGUGAGAUUUACAGGGGGUGAGAGUACAUGCAUGGUUGGCAUCUUGGGGUAUUAAAUAAUACAAUAAUACAUUCUUUACUAAAGUAACCAUUUGCCAGACAACUUAUUUUAUAAUAGUAUGGAUUUUGUGCAAUUUCUGUGUUGAAUUGUUGAAAAAGCCUGCGGAUAAAACUGCGGAUUGGUUUCCAAUACAAAUCCAAUUAGAUUUUAUAAAUUAAAUCGAAAUAAAAGCUUUUUCUGAGUCUCUGUUA